UAGUAGAGGUGAUGUAUAGUGGAAUGUGGAAUUGAGCUUUUAGCAUUUUACAAAAAUGUUGUUUUGGAUCCCAAACGACCAACUGACAACUGUGUCCAGGUGCAUUUUUUCAUUACUCAGGAGCAUUAACUUUUCUAGGUGCUUUUCCCUAAUACCGUCUUUACUUCACUCAGAAACAGCACAGCUCAGCGACCUGUUGUCACUGUCCUUUGGAGAUACAAUGAGUAAUCCGAUUGGAGAUGAUGCACAAUCUGACCAGGAUGAAGAAUACCGUGAAGGUGAGUUGCUCUGCUUAAAGAUUACGGCCCAGUUGGAGGAUUUGUUCACCGACAGCCACCUGGCCGAGGACGGCUUCCUGCUGAAACAUGUGCAGAAGAACAAGCUGGGCUUCGUCAGUCUCAAGCUCCUCACUUGUCAGAAAAAGAUAAAGGUCUUAACCACAAACUGGUUCAUGACUCUGGCAGCAGCAGUGUACUCCGAGCUUCUUGAGGUGAACGAUGAAUGCACCAAAGUGAGGCGGAUUGAGCCGCUCCCCAAAAAGCUGCUGUGUUCCCCCACCAGCAAGUUGCUCCUUGCCUGGAACACUUCUGUGGAGAAUUCAACCGGAGACAAUGGAUCAACCCGAGGCUUGGAGCACGCUUUCCUCUCAAAGAGCAUCCUUCAGAAGUUCAGCGCCCAUGGCAGGAUUACUUCAUCCUGGAUCCUGCAUGCUGGCGAAGAGCUUCCCAAGGAGCUGCAGUGCUACGCCAAGCGCCACAACCAGCUCGGACAAAAAUUGUGUGUAGUGGUGAAGUUUAAUCUUUUGGAGGAAGUUCGUAAGACUUACAGCGCCAUGAAAGCAGAGGAGGAGAAGUCAGACGGUGACGGUAUACAUGUGGUGCCUUUGGGAUUCCAGUCGAUGCACCACAUCAACAGGGGUGAACCAUCAGAGGAAAACAACAAGGUCCAACCUGAGGACACACCUUCCCAGGAAAAUCCUCAUAAAACCCCAGAGGAUUCAGUCAUAGAGGACCUCUCGCAAGUUUCAGUUUCUGACAAGACUCCAGGAACAUCUCAGCCCCAGAAGUUUGUGGAAAACUCUGUGCAAAUAACCUUUGAGCAGAUCUCCACCCACUGGAACAGCAAGUCCCUCUCCAGUUUGAAUCAGAGGUACAGAAAGAGGAACUGGUGCUCUGGAGACUGUGAUACAGAGAACUCUCAGAGCCCCUGGGUGCUGAGGCGCAAAUAUGCAGCAAGUGUAUUAAACCCCAAGGUGGCUCUGCACAAGAACGCACCCCGACUGAUGCAAAUGGUGAUGCGUCAGCCUCUCGGCCCCGACGGCACAAAGGGCUUUCAGAGCAGAAGGAAGCCACUGCAGCAGGGAGAGCUCAAAUCCUCCCUUGGAAGCAGAAAGACCACCAGUGCCGAUUAACAGUUGCAGAAAAGUUCAGCAUCAACA